AAAACAUAUUAAUCCUCCUUAUUCACUCUGGCUUUCACGUUAUCAAUGAAUGUGUCUGGAGGGGAAACAGGAGGAGAGACUGACGCACUUUACUCGCACACUUACCCUCUGACCCGUGGCAGCUUCGGCUGUAUUGGUGAUUGGAGAAAUUUUUUGCAGCGAUACAUUCUUUCCUACCGCAUUCACCUUGCGUUUAGUGAGAUGCCGUGACUGAGCUGAGGCACAUUAAAUAUCCUUCCGGACGUCAGUCACAUACCUGACUGUUAAGCUGAAGCCUUUGAUGCGCCCUGUCACUAUCCCAGGGGGGGCUCUGGUUCUUACGGCAGAAGUGCUGUCUUGGUGUGAGGUUAUCUCGACCAUACAGUGCGACCGUAUGACACACAGUAUAUGCACGGUACAUCGGUCUCUCACUGAGUCCGUCCCUUGUUCACCCGUCAUCUCACCUCACCCAUCGCCAUAACCAUGACGAACUCUCAAAGGUGAUACAGUGCACAACUGCUUUUCGACCGCCUAAGCUAUCUCUGCGCAGUGUUUCUGCAUGCACCGUCCCCCAUGUAUGACCAAAACGGACAAGUCUUUAAGGAAGUCGUCGCACAGCGGCCCCCCGACGCGUACCAAAAUGGCCGGGACUGGUCACGGCGGACCGGCCGGCAACCACGAAGAGGCCGCGGCGGCCAAGGCAUGAAGGGCGCGAGGUCGCUCGCAGAUAUGGCGGUGCACACGAUAGCGGAGAAUAUCGGCGAUGUGGAAGAACAGCAUCUCGCCCGUGAAGAUCUGCCGCGGCGGUACUUGUGGAGGAUAUGGCGACUGUUGGAGAAUAGAGGUGUAUGCUUCCAAGCCUGGAAGGUCUUUUCCAAAUUCCUCCUCGCCGAGGACGACGAAAAGACGCUGGGCCUAUAUCGCUACCGCCAACACAUAUGCCAGCCCAGCAACGCGAGUCUCCGCCACUACCUCAAAUCCCUCGAGUCGCCCAACGUGGACUUUGUGACGCACCUGACCAUCACGGGGUCCUGCUCCUUUGGUGAGAACGAGCUGCUGGCGCUGCCCAAGCUCCGAAACCUCGCCAUCCUCGAAAUCAUCGAGCCGGCGUCGUCGGCGUCGGCCAUGGACGAGCAACACGCCCCCAGCUUCCCCAAAGUCGACGACCGCCUCGUCAGGAGCUGGUCCGAGAUGGAUGACCCCUUCCCGCUCCUCCGCGUCCUCCGUCUCUGGGGCGACGAGUCCGUCACGACGCACUCGCUCCGGUACGUCUCCAAGUUCCCUGCACUGGCGCUGUACGACGUCAACGCGUCAAGGAGUGACUGGCGAGACGCCUGGGGCGCCGCCGAGGAGAAUGGCUGGGACGUUGACGAGCCGCUGCACGGCCCGCACGAUUCACUGCUGUGGUACCUCCUGCUCUUCGACGGCGCCGUCGAUACAGCGGAGAGCAAGAACAGCAAGCCGAGACAGCUCCAAGGCAUGGCGCGCAACAUUGAUGACGGCCUGAUGAAUUUCUGUCAGAGCAGCAAUCAGCCCAUCACCAUCGAGCCAUCUUCCUCGGGCGGCCUGGACGCCCCUCCGUUUCUCGACCACCUCAGCGACGCGGCCAAGAGGAAUCUAUCCAUGUACGUCGACGUGCCGGGCUACGAGGCGCAAACCUGCAAGGGCUUCCCCUUUGAGACGUGGGGCUUCUGGCUGUACUCCUUCCUCGGCCAGCUCACGGGCGACGCGGACCUCAAGAGAGCAGGUCCGAAGACGAGCACGUUGCUCAAAGCGGUCUCGGAACAGCUGGUGCUGCCCGCGAAGCCGCUCGCAUGCCUCCAGCUCGGCCAUUGCGGGUCCGGCAGGCCGGGCAUCACGCCGGCCGUUUCGUAUGUGCGCCGGGGGCUCUUUGCCACGUGCAGGUACACGUUCUUCAGGAGGUCGUCGGGGUUGGCCAAGCAGGAGCCAGCGCGGAAGCCGACGGAGUCGUUGAGGCCAAAGGUAGAGCUGGGCAAGGUCGAGACGGGAUUGAACCCCAACAGAAAGAAGAGGCGGAGGCUUGACGACAUUUUGCAGUCUUUCAUGGGUUCUUGAAGUCUGUUAUGAGAUGAGAGACGGGUAACUCCUGGAAGAUCGAGGCUACUAUUGCUCCCAGUCUCGAUGAAUUGAGCGUAAGCUACCGGUCACUCAUGCCAUACUCGAUAUUGGGAGAGUAGUGCCAACAGCUUUGCACGACUAGAUGAUCUGACCAUUACACGUUUUUCAUAGGCUGGCGUUUAGGUGCAUCGCAUUCGGCAACAGCCAGGGCAGUUUGGGCAUCUGUAGUGCCAAUAGGUUGGAAAUGCAAAAAUCAUGGC